AUGUCAAGGAGUGAAAAUAACGGUGCAUGAAAAUUGAUCUGAAAAAUUUUCUCUGAAAAAUUUGCUUCUAAAAUAUGAUCAAAUACCGAAAAAUAAAAAAAUUUUGACAAUAAAUCCUGGGAGAAUAUCACAAAGAGAAAUGCUUCGAUCAAAUGAAAUGCAGCCGAAAAUAUCAACGUCUCGCUUAGAUUUCGCCCGCUCAGUUCUCGCGAAAUCGAUGAUUUCGAGACAAAUAUUUGGAAUAUUUCAAAAUCAGCAGUAUCACUCAAGCAAGAAUAUUUGCAUGUCCUUGCAGAAGCCAAAAGAAUUGCAAGAAUUCCUAAAUCCUAUGCUUACAGUAAAUUUCAUUUAGAUUAUUGUUUUUCUCCAAGAGAUUCAAAUCAAGCAGUUUACGAGACUGUUGGCAAAAGAGUAGUUUUAGCUUCUUUAGAAGGCUAUAAUGGAACAAUUUUUGCAUAUGGGCAAACUGGUAGUGGAAAAACCUACACCAUGAUGGGUAGUGAAGGCUCUGAAAUGGAUUCAGCAGAUGAAAGAAGAAAAAUGAACUCUACCCCAGUCCCUAAAACAGACAGAAGGUCAGUUUCGCCUUUUAGAGUGAACCAGUCAUUUCAAAGGAUUGCUCCUAUAUAUAAAAAGCCAACUACAGAAAAGGAAAAAGGCAUAAUAAUUUAUGCUUUAGAAGAGCUAUUCUUAGGGAUUAAUAAAAAUCCAGAGAAAACAUAUUUUUUGUCAUGCAGCUAUUUAGAGAUCUAUAAUGAACAAGUUUAUGAUUUAUUGACUGAGAGUUCACAUUUCCAAGAAGAGCCUUUGACAAUUAAUGAAGACUCUGAAAAAGGGUUUUAUGUGAAAGGUCUUAGUGAGCACGCAGUGAGAACAAUAGAAGAAGUCAAAAGGUUCAUUGAGAGAGGAGAGACAAAUAGGAGAUAUGCAGCUACAGCUAUGAAUCAUCACAGCUCAAGGUCACACACUAUUUUCAAGCUUAGCGUAGCUAGUGUUGCUUCAGAUAGCGGAGAAAAUGAAGUUGAAGAAAACAGCAUCACGACUGAAAGUGUGCUAAAUUUCGUAGAUUUAGCUGGAUCUGAAAGAGUUAACAGUGUACAAGCAGAGAAUUCUUAUAGCGCAGUCAGAAAAAAUAGCAAUGACUCUUUAGCCCUUGAAGGAAAGCACAUUAAUACAAGCUUGUUCUAUUUAUGUCAAGUUAUUAACAGACUCAGUGAAAAAACAACCAUUAAAUCUGAUAACCAUAUACCUUAUAGGAACUCAAACCUAACCAAAAUCCUUAGAUCUUCACUCGGAGGCAAUGCAAUUACCUGCAUUAUAUGCACUGCAACUCCUACAUUAAACCAAUUUGAAAUGACUUUAAGCACCUUGAGAUUCGGAGGGACUGCAAAAACUAUCACAAAUAACAUUGAAGCCAAUAUUAAGAGUAACAAAAGUGCUGAGCUUAUUGAAGCUUAUCAAAGAGAUAUAGAGCAGCUUAAAAAAGAGCUGGAAAUAGCACAGCAAGGAGGACAAACUAGGUUUGAAGAAGCUAUCCAAGUAAAAACACAACUUGAAGAAAGAAUUUCUAGACUAACCCAAAUGCUCAUAAACCAAUCUCGCCAGCAUGCUCCUCACAAUGUUAAAAAAGAAAAAAAAUCUCAUGAGACUUGACUCAUAAAUGCUGGGGAUUUAUCGGCUGAUAGGAGACUUGAAAUUCAAAAGUUUUCGCCAAAAGAUACUGAUAAAGAAAAUACUUUUGAGGACCGAGGUAGGAUGGCGUUCAAUAGAAUGAAAUUGAUGCAUUUAGAAGCUGCUGAAAAAGAUAAAGAAAUUGCUGAAUUAGUCGAAAUGAAAGAUGAUUUAGUGGAAUCAAAAGCAAAUGUAAGAAAUAUUUAGCUCAAAAAUGAUUUAAAAAAAGCACUAACACUGUGUAAAGAUUUAUCAGACAAGAAACAAAGUUAUAAAGCAAAAUGCAAAAAAUUCAAAGAAAAACAAAAAAUGUUGACACAAAAGCUAAGCUUGCUUGAGGUUCAGCAAGGGCUUGACAAGCUAUCUUCAGAGCAGCUCCAAAAAUUGGAGAGUUUUUAUUUUUGCGCCUUGGAUUCAGUCAAAAAUGCAAAAUUUAGAAGAAAAUAUGAAAGCCAAUUGAGUAUGAUGAAUCAGCAUGACUCAGGAAUGGAAUAUAGCCCUCAUAGUGACCACAGCAAAUUUUUAGACGAACUUGGGCUCAACGAAGAAGCCUCAGUUUCAAAAACUGAGUCUGACCCGUCUUUUGAGUUUAAAGGGUCUUUCUACAGGAGUAGAACGGGAAAUGACAGCAGCUUUGCUUCAACUGCCCAAGACAUGAGCACUAUGCUGUUACUAAAUUUAUUAGACAAUGAGUAUGAAGACAGCAGAUCUCCAGUCAAACAAAGAAACAUCUACGGGACCCACAACUUAAAAAGCCCUCUGAAAAUUAUAUCUGAAAGCCAAGAAAGUCUUGUGAAAAAUAAAUAA